CCUCGGUGCUCGGCAGCGCAAAACGACUGCCUACCGGUGCGUGCGCUGCCGUGCGAACCGAUCAUAACGUACGCAUAACGUACGCGAAGCGCGCGAGCUGAAAAACCGCAUCGCUGCCGACCCACAAACGAUGAUGCGCCGCCUCUCCCGCCUGGCGCCGCGCUCCACCAGCACAGAACGCUUGGCGCCGCGACGCACGCGAGCCUACAACUUCGCGAGCAGCCAGUACAAUGCCGCCUUCGGAGACCUGCCACCCGUCGACCGCGACAAGCUGCGGAAAGACGCGAUCGCCUACUGUGAGCGCUUCGACGCACAGAAGUGGUACGACGACCCCGUCGCGACGUGCAUCGCUGGAAAGCCCGUCGAAAGCGGCGAGAGCGGGCCCACGUACGACAAUUUUGGGAGGGAGAACGGUAUUGUAUUACAUGGUGAUAUCGAUGGUCUCCUCGACCACCUGCGGGACUUUGAUGGGGUAAGGGACCAGCGGACUUCUGUGAGGAGUGUGGAGCGGGCCCUCUUCACGGACCACGCGGCGGCGUUGAUCGGGAACCAGACGCUGGACUUUGGGAAGCAGGACGGCGUGACGGAAAUCGAGGAGGCGCUCGAGGCUUCAGAGGUCGAGCGGCGGCUGGUGGACCAACUGUUGGAUGACGAGGAGAGGGGCGUUCUAUGCAUUGAAAGAGCACCGGUGCUCGUCGCGUGCGUGUCGAACUUCUCGAACUUCUUGGAUUUGUCGCGGAAGACGCUGCGCAACUUAGAAUGUGGUAUACCCGUUGUGGUACUGUCAAGGACGGGCUCGACCACCCAAUACCCGUACCGGUGGUACCAAUUACUAAUAGAGGAGAUGGCGCGCCACGGUGUGGAUACAAAGUACGCGUCCUUCGCCAGCGUGUCUCUGGAGAAACAGAUCGAGCUCUGUCGAGCUCUGGGCGACGCGUCGCCGCUGCACAUCACGUCUUCAAGGCAAACUGCUCUAAACUGCAACGCCUCCCAUAAUAACGUCAUCGCGUCGACGGGCGGCCCGAACACGAUGGUCGUCGCCGGAGCGCUCGACGGCGCGACGGGCGCGUUAUUGCGGGACAGCGCGACGAUCGAGCACGCGGGCCAGUGCACGGCGCUGCGCGUCGCCGUGCUGGACGCGCGCCACGUUGCACCAGACGCGGUACAUGAGGCGCUGCGCGGCGCCGCGGCGCCGGCGACGGCGACCGACGCGCUGGCCACGGACGUCUACGCGGGCCUCUUCCCGGGCGCGCCGUCGACGUCGUGGGGCGAGGACUACGUGGACUGCGACCGCGUCAACGUGAAGACGAGCGAGGCCAUGCCGGUCGGGCACUUAGAUGAGGGCUGGCGCCAGCCCGUCGUCGACUUGAGUAUUGCGAAAGACUUCGGCAGCGACGCCCACGUGUUGGACGUAUCAAACUGGCUUGUCCAGAGGCAGCCCAUUUCCCUCGCGGUGAACGGCGACCUCGCGCUCUCUGUCAAGCUGUGGGAGCGCACGGCGAUGGUCGUCGUGACGGUCGGCGGUUGUGAUGGGCGGCCGCCGGCGUCGACGUGCCAAGCUAGACCGCAGGACGGCGAGAUCUUCGGCGAGGUGCCGCCGCGCAAAGAACUUCGAGAGCACACGCGGUUCCCCGUCUACGUGCCGAGCGCGGCGCCGGCCUACAACGCGUCCUACGAUGCUUCGUAUCUGAAGACGCGGAGCGACGCGCCGUUCCCAUCAAGCGUCGCGGCCUUGAUGGAGAGAGUGGAGGAUGCUACUGUAAGGGGCUACUGCUCAAUCUUGGUCGACUAUCUGCGAGACGCCUGCGGCCCGCGGCCCGGGCCCGGGAAGGCCCGGGAGACGCUGUACGGCUGGCAGCGGCCGCCGUUGCAUCUCAAGACGGCGUUCCGGCUGGCCGCUUCUGCCUCCCUAGACGACGUCACUCCGGCCAUCGCAUUAUUCCUCGCGACGAAUGCGCGCGACCAGCUCGUCGUUUCUGUCGAGGCGGGCGGCGAUGCGCUUGUCGAUGCCUUAUCAAGCUGCGGCGUGGACGCGAAGGUCGAAGAGCGCUUCGAGGCGGACGUGUACUACGACGCCGUCUCCGGUGCUGAUUUGAGGGACCGCUUCGCUACGUACCCGCUGGCGCAGCAGUUCGCCUCGCUGUUCCUCACUGUCGGCCACGCGAAGUCGACGCUAGGAAAGGACGAGGCGUUCGUCGCGGCGUUUUCCGCGUCGCCGAAGUGGCUGCGGGUUGUGGAGUAAAUUUAUGAAAUUGGU